CUUUCAGGUUCAGCUAGGUUCGACUGCUCGCUCCGCCAAUAACACAAGCUGCCUGGGUGUGGUUUAUUAGUGCCGUGGGAUAGCGUUUCAUGAGAAGGCUACAGUCUUCAUUGCGCGUCCAGUGAUCGGGCGUUCCAUUUGAGAUUGGCGACUCCCCAAGUGACGGGAAUACGUAUGAACGACGACAUGAAGAAGAGAAGCCUGUCCGGCAACGUCGGCGUCGGCGUGUUCCUGGUGGCGUUCGUGAGCGUGUGCGUUGCGUUCGGCACGCCCGCGUGGUUGGUCAGUGAUCCCCGGAUCAUUGGAGCGCAGCUCGAUCGACUCGGUCUCUGGAUGCACUGCUUCAGGUCGUUGCCGAAUCCUCAAGAGUCUGACGCGCCCCGACGAUUCUUCGUUGGCUGCAGAUGGGUCUACGACCCGUUUACCGCUGGCUACUCCGACAUUCGUGGCUUCCUGUUGCCUCCGUUUAUGAUAGCCACUCAAGUCUUCUUUACGAUAUGCUUUCUGCUGGGUCUAAUAUCAUUCUUCCUGAUAUUACUCUUCACACUGUGCUGCGAUCCAGAACGAAAGAAAUAUAUUGAGCUGAUAACUACUAUUGGUUUUUUGCUACUAGCCAGUGGUAUCAGCGGUGGCAUAGCGGUCAUCAUAUUUGCCUGCCUUGGUAACGCAGAUGGCUGGAUGCCUGGACACGCUAAUAAUUAUUUAGGAUGGUCCUUUGGUCUAGGUGUCGCAGGUAGCGUACUGACAUUAGUAGCGAGUGGCUUAUUCCUGGUAGAGGCAAGUGUACAACGAAAAAAACGAGAUUACCUGAAAGAAUCUCAAACACGGUUUCAACUCGAGUCUCGCACUUAAAUGAACGACAUGACGAUUGUUCGAUAAUGUGUUCAUAAGAAUUGCAUAUACUAAAACUCUAUUACUAAAACUUUAUCAUUCCGUCCACAAUGUUCAAAACUAUCAUAGAUGAAUCUCUUUUUGUAGAAUGUACAAAAGCAAAUUCAUAUCUUAAUUUAAUUUUAAGUUUAGAAUGAGAUACAUAAGUUUAAUAUU